AUGGAACACCCUUCACCACGAAAAUUCAUCAACGGUAUGCCAGUCUAUGCUUCACGGCGGUUCGAAUUGCCAAAAAAAUUUGGUAGAGCAGUCCUAAGUGAUUUCGCUUCAGCCGUGCGAGGAGAUGAAAGGAAAAAUCAUGACGCUCAGCCCAAUGUAUACAGAUCGCCAGAAGUAAUGUUGAAAGCUGAAUGGAGCUACCUUGUGGAUAUCUGGAACGUUGGUGUUAUGGUAUGGGAUUUGUUUGAGGGAAGACACAUGUUCUACGGCAACGAUCCCGAUGGGAAAGGAUAUUCCACCCGCGCGCACCUUGCUGAGGUUAUUGGAGUUCUCGGGCCACCUCCUCUAGACAUGCUGAAGAUGAGAGAUACUGUAGAGAUCCCAAGGGAAGUUGAAUUGGAACGUUGGAACGAUCCCUCAAAGGACGAACUCAAGAGAUAG